AUGGCUUCAAAUUCCAAAUUACAUGCAGUGAUGUUUCCAUGGCUGGCUUUUGGGCAUAUUAUUCCAUUCUUUGAGCUCUCCAAAUUCAUAGCUCAAAAGGGUCACAAAAUCUCAUUUGUUUCCACUCCAAGAAAUAUAGAUCGUCUCCCGAAAAUCCCCUCUCAUUUAGUUUCUAACAUAACCCUAGUUAAGAUUUCACUGCCUAAAGUUGAAGGACUCCCUGAGUCUGCAGAGGCAACCAUGGAUAUCAGAAAUGAGGAUAUGGACCAUUUGAAGAAAGCAUAUGAUGGGAUGGAAACUGAGAUGACUCGUUUCUUGGAAGAGUCACGUCCAGACUGGAUUAUAUACGAUUUUGCUCAUGUUAGGAUGGAAAUCCCAAAGAACCACGACGAUGGAACAUACACGAAGAACUCAGUGUCCGACUCGAUAAAAUUAGUGAUGGAUGAAAAUGAGGGGAAAACAUUUCGAGAGAGGACUAAAGAAAUGAGUGAGGUAUUUGGCGAUAAAAAAUUACAUGAUCGCUAUAUACAAAAUUUCAUUCAAUAUCUCGAAAGUAGUUAG